UCAGUUGGGCGCGAAUUCACUUGAGGUAGUCGUCAUAUCAUGGAACGGACGUUCAUAAUGGUCAAACCUGAUGGAGUCCAACGAGGUCUUGUUGGGGAAAUUAUACAACGAUUUGAAAGGCGAGGCUAUAAGCUUGUUGCAAUUAAGAUGAUGCAUGCCUCAGAACAGCUUCUUCAGAUUCACUACGAGGCACUCAAAUCUUUACCAUUCUUUCCAAAACUAGUUGCGUAUAUGUCAUCUGGACCUGUUGUACCAAUGGUAUUCGAAGGGCGUAAGGUUAUUGAGAACGGACGUACAAUGUUAGGUGCUACUAAACCUGAAGCAAGUUGUCCUGGAUCAAUAAGGGGAGACUACUGCCAAGAUGUAGGAAGAAAUGUUGUCCACGGAUCAGACUCAACUGAAAGUGCUAACAGGGAAAUCAACUUAUGGUUUACUCCACAAGAACUAUGUCAAUAUAAACAAGCCGUUGACCCUUGGAUCCAUGAAUAGACUGCUGUUUGAUCACCAUUUUAUCCCUGUAGACUGAGUGAUUGGCUAUUUCCCAAAUAAAUUGAAGGUUGAAUUGUAUUACUACUAACUGAUGACUUUAUAUGAUGUUUAUAUAAUGGUAUCUUUGGGUCAGUACCAAUAAUAAAACGUCUGGCAGUGGACCGCACUGAUCGCCGAUCAAAAUAUCUGCUGUCUGUGCGCAACGAACGAUUCAUGUUCUAUGGACAAAUGCUGCUGAAAAGUUGAUAGUCGAUUUUUCGAGGUAAUGUACAGAGUUAGUUUUGCUGUGUGCACUGAGUCUCUGCUACUUGUUACAGGGUUGUCCAAAGCUAGAAAUGUAUUCGGAUAAAGAAAGAUGAGCCGUGGUAGCUACAGUUCUUACGAAGAAGGCUAGGCUGCACAAGCAACAAGUCUUCUGAAACUGUCCAUUUGAUCGGACAGAUUUCCCGCAGUCACAUUGCAUUGGCUUCCCAGAAAGCGAGUUUUAGCUUUGGAAGUUAACCAGAAGAUGGCAAUCCUGUCAGCGUACGUUUAGAAGCUGGGUACCUCUUACCAGUCACAG